AUGAACCUGAACUUCCUCUCCGUCAAGGGCCCCGAGCUGAUCAACCAGUACGUCGGCGAGAGCGAGCGCAACAUCCGGCUGCUCUUCCAGCGGGCCCGGGACAACUCGCCCUGCAUCGUCUUCUUCGACGAGCUCGACGCGCUGGCCCCCGCGCGGGGCGCCAAGGGCGACGCGGGCGGCGCGAUGGACCGCGUCGUCUCGCAGCUCCUCGUCGAGGUCGACGGCGUCGCGCAGACCCGCUCGGACGGCUCCGCCAGCGGCGACGUCUUCAUCAUCGGCGCGACGAACCGGCCGGACCUGCUCGACCCCGCCCUGCUGCGGCCCGGCCGCUUCGACCGGCUCUGUUAUUUGGGCAUCCCCGCCUCGCGGGAGGAGCAGCGCCACGCCGUCCGCGCGCUCACCCGCAAGUUCGACCUCGCCGACGACGUCGACCUCGACGGGCUGCUGGCGCCGCUCGACUUCAUCUACACCGGGGCCGACUUCUUCGCCCUCUGCGCCGACGCGAUGAUGUUUUCCGUCGAGGAGGCCCUCGACCGCGCCAAAGGGGCGGCCGCCGAGGACGCCGCCGACGACGACGGCCCCGGCCCCCCGAUCAAAGUGACGAUGGCCCACUUCCUGCGGGCCCGCGGCCAACUCAAGGCGUCCGUCACGAAGGACGAUCUCAGGCGGUACGAGUCGCUCAAGGCGAAGUUCAGUAGUUAA